AUGAACGACGCCGCACCGAUCAAAUCCACCGCGCGAUUGAGCCCCGACGCCAGGCGCGUCGUCCUCCUGUGCGCCGUGACGAUGCUCCUGGCGUCCGCGGAUAGAACGAUCUUCUCCCUCGGCUCGCUGGCCAUCGCGCGCGAUCUCUCGCUGUCGAUGUCCACCGUCGGCCUCCUCCAGUCGGCGUUCUUCUGGGGCUACGGCGUGACGCAAAUCCUCGGCGGCGUCGCCGCGGACAGGUUCGGAGGAGCCAAAGUCCUGCUCGCGGGUCUGGGUCUGUGGUCCGUGGGCGUCGCGAUGAUCCCCGCCGCGACGCUCACUCCCACCCCCGUCGCCGUCAUCGUCGCCGCUCGCGUGCUCUUCGGCGCGGCGUCGGGUUGCGUGAUGCCCGCGUCCGCGGCGGCGGUCGCGUUGUCCGUGCCCGCGGAGAGACGGAGCUCUAGCCUCAGCCUCAUCUUCACGUUCUUCAACUGCGGCAGCGCGUUUGGGCUACUGUUGGCGGGUAGCCUCAUCCAGACCGUGGGGUGGAAGGCGGUGUUCCUGGCGUUCGGGGCGGUGGGCGUGGCGUGGUCGGCGAUCGGGCUCGCCACCGUGCCCGAGUCGGCGAAAAAGGGCAAAGUUCGUCAAAGUUCGUCGCGCGGGUCGGAACGCGAGGGCGACGACGGGCGCCCCGGCGGUUGGCUCUCGCUGCCGGGGUGGAUGUAUCCGCAGCUCGGCGCGCUGGCGUGGUGCCACGUGUGCAUCAACUGGGGAUUCUUCAUCCUCCAGUCGUGGCUCCCCGUCUACCUCGCCAAGGAGCUGGGGUUCUCGUUGGGCGGCAGCGGGCUCGCGUCGGCGCUGCCGUGGUUCCUCACCGCCGCGUGCUCAUUCUCGAGCGGCCAGAUUGCCGAUAUCCUGGUCGCCAGGGGGUGGGAGCGGUGGAAGGUUCGGCGGUUGAUGAUGAACAUCGCGACGGUCGGGCCCGCGACGGCGUUGAUGCUGUUGCCCGCGGCCAGGUCGCCGGUGGUGGCGGUUUUCUUACUGGCGGUGAUGCUGGGCACGCAGGCUGUGAGCAUAGCGGGAUACCACUCAUACCUGCAGGACGUGCUCCCGUCCAGGGCUGGGUCAUUCUUGGGAAUGACCAACACGUUGGGGGUCAUCGCGGGGAUAGUGGCGAACUUGUUCGUCGGGUACGUGGUGGAGACGACGGGUGGAUUCAGGCUGGUGUUUUUGGUGACUGCGCUCGUGUACGCCUCGAGCGGAGUUGUUUGGAACCUUUCGGCAAGAGGACGCGUCAUGUUUGCGUAG